CCUCUUUUUUGAUUUCCCCGAUCGGCAGCAAAAUGAAAUUCGACAACGUACUUUCUGAAAUCAAUGGAUUUGGGAAAUUCCAAGUGAGGCUCUUCUUGAUCCAGAUGCUCUCACGGAUCACUCUGCCGUGCCACUUCCUGCUGAACAACUUCAUGGCGGCCGUCCCCCCUCACCACUGCAACAUCAGCGCCCUGGAAGAUGGAGGCGUCUUUGGAAAUCUGACUCUACACCAGAAGCUGUCGGUUUCCAUUCCAACGGAGCGAGAUGGGACUCUGAGUUCGUGCCAGAUGUUUGCAACGCCCCAAUAUGAGUAUUUAUCGGGCUCAAACAGCAGCCAGGAGGCAUCUCUUGUUAAGUGUCAGAGCGGAUGGGUGUAUGACAACAGCACCUUUAAAGCUACGCUGGUAACAGAGUGGGAUCUUGUCUGCAGCAGAAAGGGGAUGAACAAGGCGACGGCUACAAUAUUCUUUAUUGGUGUCAUGAUUGGAGCUCCACUGUUUGGGUUUCUCAGUGACAGGUUUGGGCGACGAAGACUGCUGCUGGUGUCUUACAUAUCAUCCUUGACGUUUGCGAUUCUCAGCGCUUUCUCCACAUCGUAUGUGAUGUUCAGCAUCAUGAGAUUCCUUACAGGAAUGUCCCUGGCAGGCGUCAGCAUUAUCUCCAUCGCUUUAAAUGUUGAAUGGUGUAGCAUAGAGCGCAGGACUUUCUCAGGCGUGAUCAUAAGCCUGGACUGGAGCCUGGGGAACUGGCUUCUGACAGGGAUCGCGUUCUUGGUGAGGGACUGGAGGAUGCUCAUUGUGGUUGUUUCGUCGCCCCUGAUUCUGGCCAUCUUUGCUUGGCGGUGGCUUCCAGAGUCUGCUAGGUGGCUUGUGGCAAAGAGGAAGGCAGAUGCUGCACAUCAUUACAUCAUGAAAUGUGCCGAGACGAACAACCGGUCCAAGUGUAUUAGUACCAUCACACCAAAGAUGUUACUGGAAUCUGCAGAAACCGAUAAUGGAGAGAAGAAGCACAGCGUUGUAGAUCUUUUCAGGACCCCAAACAUCAGAAAACUGGCAAUAUGCUCAGGGAUAGUUUGGUUUGGUGUAGCAUUUACCUAUUAUGGGAUAAGCCUAAACAUAACAGGGUUUGGACUAAAUCCGUUCCUCACACAAUUCAUCUUUGCUUCAAUCGAAAUGCCGAUGAAGAUUGGCGUCUAUUUCUUUUUGGAGAAAAUCGGCCGAAGGCGCUGUGAGAUGGCAACUCUGCUGUCCGCCGGUCUUUGUCUGUUCAUCAACAUUUUCAUUUCACAAGAUAAGUGGGUCAUUCGUACCGUUGUGGCCGUCCUUGGAAAGUCAAUGUCGGAGGCCUCCUUCACGAUAAUGUUCCUUUACACAACUGAACUCUAUCCUACAGUAGUGCGGCAGAACGGUCUAGGCUACACCUCGUUUGUGGCACGGCUGGGCGUGUCCAUCUCCCCGCUGGUUAUGCUGUUGGAAGACGUGUGGCAGUUCCUCCCUGCUGCCACGUACUGCGCUGUGGCGGUCGGCUCCGGUUUGGUUGCUUCACUCCUGCCUGAAACAUUAAACAGCCAGCUGCCAGAGUUCAUCGAAGACAUUGAGAAACCCCAGGAGCAAGUCAACGGGGAAGAUGGAAAUUCAAUAAAAAAUUAAAACUGACCAGUAAGAAGAAAAAUGUAAUAGUGAAACUGAUUUUGAAAUAAGGAAAAGUAAACUUUUUCUCUGGACUACGUCUCAUCCUACUUGACUGUGGCUUUCCACAGCAUC